AUGGAUUUCCCGGUUUGCAUUGCAGCGGUAGUCGAGGAUUCACAGAAAGCGUACCAAGAAGCGUUUGACAUAGCAAAGUCGAAAAUGCAGCCUACGCAUCCCAUCAGGCUCGGUCUUGCUCUCAACUUCUCCGUUUUUUAUUACGAGAUCAUCAACUCACCAGACAAGGCCUGCCAGCUGGCCAAACAGAUCUGUCUCUCGGUUUGCAUUGCAGCGGUAGUCGAGGAUUCACAGAAAGCGUAUCAAGAAGCGUUCGACAUAGCAAAGUCAAAGAUGCAGCCUACGCAUCCCAUCAGGCUCGGUCUUGCUCUCAACUUCUCCGUUUUUUAUUAUGAAAUUAUUAAUUCUCCAGCUAGAGCCUGUCAUCUUGCCAAACAGGCGUUCGACGAUGCGAUCGCAGAGUUGGACACACUUAAUGAGGACAGCUACAAAGAUUCCACGUUAAUUAUGCAGCUUUUACGCGACAACCUCACUCUUUGGACCAGUGACACGCAGGGCGAUGCGGACGAAGCACAGGAGGGGAAGCGUAUCGAUUCGUGUUGGGGUUUGUGUAGAAGAACAGGAAAGGAAAAGAAAGGAAUUGAGGCUGAACAGAGAGGAAAGGGCAGGAAGAAAUUUCGCAAACGCUGUCUCGUUGUACAACGUUAUCGAAUGUUAUGGAUAGAAAAGGACAAAGACGCAUGUAAUGUUACAAAUGAGAGAGAAAUAAUCGCCAAGAAAUAA